AUGUCGGACGGCAACACGCACAUUGACUGCUCUGCACCCCUCCUGCCUCCCGCCCAUCAUCGCCUCUCCCCGUCAGUCACUCGACGCGCCCUCCGUCAUGUCCACCACCUCCGCCGCAAAGGCAGAGUCCUCCUCGCGUCGCGCAGCAAGCACUUUGUCGUCAUGUUCAUCGUCAUGCUCGACGUCAUGGCGCUGCUGGCCAACGUCUUCAUCCAGCUAAUCGCCUGUGAGAUGCACCAAAGCGACGAAGAGUGGGUGGUGCGCAUAAGGGAGGCCUUGGAGACGGCCGGUCUGGUCUCUAGUUGUCUGUUCAUGGUCGAGUUGGCCGCUUGUUUGUUUUCAUUUGGUCUAGAGUUUCUUACUUCGUGGUUCCAUGUCUUUGACUCUGCCGUUAUUGUGGUGAGCUUUGUUAUUGAUGUUGCUUCGCAGGGCCUUGCCGAGUCCAUUGGUUCCCUUGUUGUUGUGCUGCGUCUGUGGAGAUUGGCCAAGAUAUCCGAGGAAGUUGUCAUGGGGGCCACGGAAAGAAUGGAAAUAUUGGAACAGCAGAUGGAGGAGUUGGAGCAUGAGAAUAGGGCCUUGAAGUUGCAGUUGGGCCUAGAGUCCCGCGAGCAUUCCGGUCAAGAAUAG